AUGGCUGCACUUGUAGCCCCAAUUGGUCUCCAUGAUUUGUUCUUGAGAAUUAAGAAGCCAGGUGCUGGGCCUGGGCUCCGUGGCUUGAUCGCCGAUGUGCCUUGUGCAGUGGCAAUCAGAACAGCCAGGGGGUUUACUGAAGAAGUGCCAGCGGCGUCCGGGAGUAGCAUAGGUGCCCUUGCUCGCUGCUCUUUGUCCCACUCAGAGCGUGACACCCACAAGCUCAUCAAAGACUUUCAGCUUGCUGCCGAUGUUCCUUUGUCUGAAAUGACCGUGGGUGAACAACAGCUGCCUUUUUUGAAGAUGUCGGAUUGGGCUCGAUACCUGGCAGACAAGAACCUCUUGUACCGCUUUGCUGGGCUUGCAGAGCCUGACCCUGACAGGGUGUCUGAUGUUUGGCGCCUUUUCUGGAACAGGUACAAGGCCGUGAAUCCUCGUCACGAAAUUUUCAGUCGAGAGCGCGAAGGCCUUGACUUGGGGCAAGUUGUUGGCCUAAUGGUCCACGGCGAUGAAGGAAGGAGUCAAAAGAAACUACCGAUGUUGAUAGUUUCGGCGUGCAGCAUUCUGGGCUAUGGACUCAGGAAAUCUCGUGCAUCCAAGAAAACCCGCCUUCCGCAGAAUCUGAACUACACACAAAGCACAUGGUGCACCCGCUUCUUGUUGGCUGCCGCUCCACGUGCUGUUUAUGCUAGCAGCGAUGACCUUUUUCAGGACAUCAUGCGGGGUGUGUCGGAUGAUUUACGGGUGCUUUUUGAUGAAGGCGUGACCACGUUGGAUGGACAACGUGUGUACUUCUGUCCAAUCAGCGUUAUGGGGGACUGGCCCUACAUCCAGAAAGCUGGACUACUCUCUCGAUCGUUCUUGAACAUUGCCAAGCACACCACGCAAAACGCUGCAAGCAAGGGUAUUUGCCACCGCUGCUUAGCUGACUGCCCUGGAUGGAUUUGGGAAGACUUCGAGAGCAGAGACCCACCGUGGUUGCCAUCAGUGAACACAGUAUCUCCCUUCAAAGCUGAUCCUGCAAUGUUCAUUUUGCCCAUGGACCGGGUUGACAAGACAAAGUAUUUCACUUUCGACUUGUUUCAUACAUGGCACAUGGGUGCUGGCAAGUCCCUGCUCUCUACGACCUUCAUUCUUCUAGCAACGAGUGACCUUUUCCCGGGCUCUUCUAUCGAUGUGAGGAUUGGGGCAGCCAGCGAUGACUUUAUUGCAUGGUGCCGGCAGAACAAGCAUCGACCUUACGUCAAGAAGAUUACAAAGGAGACGUUGGGCAUGCAGAUUUCCACAAACACCCCAGUUGGUGGAUGGAGCAAGGGACACACAACCACAUCCAUUGCAAAGUGGGUGUUGCACAUUUGCAGGCAAAACAUUGAGGUUGUGCGGGCCAAUGAUUUGCUUUACCUUGCUUUCCAAGCGACUGUGGAGGCUGACCUGUUCAUUUCAGGCCUCUACAAACACGAGCUUUGGAUUCCAGCCAAUGAGGCAAGACUGCUGGCAAAUCAUGCCCUUCAACACCUUCGUUUGUACGGUCGAGGGGCCAGCCUGGCCUGGCAGAAACGUCGGUCGCUUUUUCCCCUGAUGCCUAACCACCACAGAUUGCAUCACCUGGGGGUGGACCUUUUGGAGCAAAGUCAGGCAGCGCAGCAUUGCUUGAGUCCUUUGCAUUGUUCUUGCCAGCCUGCAGAGGAUUUCAUUGGGCGGCCUUCUCGCAUUAGUAGGCGUGUCAAUUGCCGACAAAUUGUGACUCGGACCUUGCAACGUGCCUUGGCAGUAGUCCUUGCCCAUUAUCACAAGGCUGGAUUGAUCAAGGAUCCGCCGUUGCUGAGUCUUGAGUCUUUGGAUGCAUAG